AUGGCUGCUGAACAAGAUGUAGAAGUUGAAGACGAUUUAGCCAAAGCUCAACGAGAUCUACGUGCUUUGAAAACAAUGAUUUCCUCCCAAUCAAAAAAUAACUUUAUGCGAGAACGUGAUGUUCGGUUUCUUGAUUCACGUAUUGGUUUAUUGAUUCAAAGUCGAAUGGCACUAGAUGAACAAAAUGAAGUUGCUUCUCGAUUGGAAGAACAAGACGAUGAAAGUGAUGAUCAUUAUCCGGAUGAUCGAAAAAUGCAACAAUAUGGUAAUUUAUUCUAUCUCUUACAAAGUGAACCUCGUUAUGUGGCUACAUUAUGUCGAUUAGUUACCCUUUCUGAAAUUGAUACUUUACUUCAAACUGUCAUGUUCACCCUUUAUGGUAAUCAAUAUGAAAGUCGCGAAGAACAUCUUUUAUUGACUAUGUUUCAAAACGUACUUUCUUGGCAAUUCGAAACUACUACGGAAUUUACUUCUCUUUUACGCGCCAAUACUCCUGUCUCUCGUAUGAUGACCACCUAUACUCGUCGUGGUCCUGGUCAAUCUUAUUUGAAAUCCGUUUUGGCUGACAAGAUCAAUGAUCUGAUUGAACAAAAGGAUCUCAAUUUACAAAUCAAUCCACUCAAGGUUUAUGAAGAAGUGGUACAAACAAUGGAAAAAGAACAUGAUGAACUUCCUCCUGAUUUCCCUAGAAGUAUUACAGCUGAAAUGGCAUCAAGUCAUCCUCAGGUUCAAGCUAUUAUUGAACCACGACUCAAUUCGUUAAUGGAAAUUGCUGAUUCCUUUUUACUUACCAUCAUUCAAUCUUUGGAUCAAGUUCCCUAUGGUAUUCGAUGGAUAUGCAAACAAAUUCGAUCAUUGACAAAAAGAAAAUAUCCUGAUGCUACUGAUCAAGCCAUUUCUACUCUUAUUGGAAGUUUCUUCUUUUUACGUUUUGUGAAUCCUGCUAUUGUGACUCCCCAAGCUUAUAUGCUAGUUGAUGGUGUUCCUGGUGCCCAUCCACGUACAACUUUGACUUUGAUUGCUAAAAUGAUACAAAAUCUUGCCAACAAACCAACAUAUGCCAAAGAAACCUAUAUGAUCCCAACAAAUCCAUUUGUAGAAAAGAAUAAACGACGUACCAAUCAAUUUUUGAAUGAAUUGUGUGAAGUGAGUGACUUUUAUGAAUCACUUGAAAUGGAUCAAUACAUGGCAUUAUCAAAAAAGGAUAUCAUGAUCAAUAUUACCCCAAAUGAAAUAUACAAUACUCAAUCUUUACUGGAACAACACUUGGAUAUUCUUGCACCUAAAUCAGCCGAUCACUUGAGAAUUUUGACGUUGGAAUUAGGUCAAGCUCCUGCACAAGUACCUAGAAAGGAAAACAAGGCUAUCGAAUUACCUUUAUUCAGUCGAUGGGAAAUGCCAAUUCAAGAUUUAACAAUGACAUUGAUGUCGGACAAUAACAUUACACAAAACGAUAUUCUGUAUAUGGAAGCAAAGGCGAUAUUUGUGCAAAUCAUUCGAUCAUUACCGGGACUAUCUCGACCCCCUUUGAAGUUAUACCAUAUUGCUGAAACGGCUGGUACCGCGAAGGAUGCUCAAUUGGUGCGUAAAGGAAUCAAGGUAAAAGAAAUGAUUCGAGAAUUGGAAGAGGCUGGAGUGAUUGACCAAGUGGAUGGUCAUCGGUUAUUGGUGGAAGAAAUUACACAAGAACUGGCCCAUCUCGGUGAUUUAAAAGUCAAGGUGAUGGAAGAACUUCAAUCUCUACAAGGCGUUUACAAGACUAUUCAAGAUCACAACAAUUACCUUAUGAGCCAAUUGGAAAGUUAUAAAGCUUAUCUUCAAAAUGUACGUAUUCAAAGUGGUGGUGGAGCCAAGGCAAACAAUAAGAAACAAGUAGGACUUGGUGUUGAAGUUGUCGAAGGAAAAGCAAAGAAAGCAACUGGCAGUAAUAAGACUCAUAUUCAAGGACCAUUCAAAUUUACUCAUCAACAAUUGGAACGUGAUGGGAUUAUUGCUGAAACAGAAGUACCUGAAGCUCGACGAAACAAUAUUUAUGUCACUAUCACCUCUCCUAUUCCUGGUACAUUUAUUAUUGAAUUACAUUAUCGUGGAAGGGAUAAACCUAUUCUGGAAAUUGAUCUGAAAUUGGAUGAUCUAUUGGAAAAGCAACAAGAUCAAGUCCAAUUAUUGGAUCUAGACUAUAUCAAGCUUCAUGUCAACAAAACUCUCAAUCUAUUGACAAAAACAUUUAUGGCUAGAAACAAAACUGGAUUCUUUUCAUAGAUAGAUAGAUAGAUAAAUGAUCUUCCUUCUCCCUCUUUAGUAUUUAUUAGUUCCACAUAGUUAUCCAUUUUUUUUUUCCUUAUUACUUUUUCUUUCUUUUUUUAUUUAUUCUAUAUUUCCUUUCCUUUAUAUACAUUAGUUUCUUAUAUUUUUUUCCCCCAAAAAAUCCUAUUUUAUAAUUAUUUAAUAAAUAAAACACAAAUAUUUACGUACAAUG